GUUUUCGAAGAAUAACGACUCAAAUGAUAAAUGGUAAAUGGACGAAGUAAAAUUUUCCAAGAAACCUCUUGCUACAUAAUAACGACCUGAUCAAAGUACGGAAAAUACAAAAUGCACAAUAAUUUGUGUCUUUUAAUUUUUUACAUUUUUUUUUUGCUUCUAAAUAUUAUAGAGUAAGUUGAGGUUCCUCGAAAAUGAUUUAGCAAUAAAUGUAACAUUUUAUAAAUUUGUCAUCUGUUCUCAAAUCUCAAUGCAAAGAGACAUUUUAAAACUCAAUUUGUUCAAAAAAAAAAAAAAAAAAAAAAAACUCAAUUUGUUCCAAAAAUUAGCGAGUAAUAAAAUACAACUAACGCUUCUCUUCUAGAAAUCUUUAUAUACGAAGCGCAGAUACUGAAUUGUCAGCAAAAAUAUUAGUACUAUAUGUUCUCGAGGAAAGUCAACUUCAGAAAAAAGAGGACAUUGUUUGUGAAUAUUUCACAUUAGUCCCCAAUUCUUUUUCUACAAUUUUCAACGCAUGUUCCCAUCUUUAAAUAAUAUCACAACCGCUUUAGUCUAAAAAGAAUUGGCCAUUUUUUUCAAAAUAAAAACGGCCAAUUUUUUUUAUAUAAGUAACAUUCGAUAUUCAAAAUUAAAUCAAACGAUACAAUUUUUUUUUUUCAAUUUAAUUCUCAAACAUCAAACCUCACUCAAAAGAAGAAAAGAAAAUAAGAGGGAAAAAAAAAUCCGAUAUGGGUAUGGCAUCCAAAAAAGAAAAAGCGGUGUAUAAAUAACGGAAGAUAUAAAUGCAGGUAUAAGAUAAAAGAAAAUGAAAAAGAAAACCCCCCAAAAUAACAUUAAAUAAGAAAAGAGCCGCUUAUUAACGGUAGGUACAGUAAAACGCAGGGUAUAUACACUUCGAAUAGAUCUCCCUCUUCUCUCGGCGGUCUCUCUCUCUCUUAUCUCUCUCUAAAACCCUUCUCGUGUAUAUACAUUGUACAAGCACUCAUGGGCGCGUACCGAGCAGAAGAUGACUAUGAUUACUUGUUCAAGGUGGUGCUAAUCGGCGAUUCCGGCGUCGGAAAAUCCAAUCUGCUCUCCAGAUUCACUCGCAACGAGUUCAGCUUGGAAUCCAAGUCCACAAUCGGAGUCGAGUUCGCCACUCGGAGCAUCCGCGUCGACGAAAAGGUCAUUAAGGCUCAGAUUUGGGACACCGCUGGCCAGGAACGCUAUCGUGCAAUCACAAGUGCUUACUACCGUGGAGCUGUUGGUGCCUUGUUGGUCUAUGAUGUAACACGCCAUGUUACAUUCGAAAAUGUAGAGAGAUGGUUGAAGGAGCUCAGAGAUCACACAGACUCGAACAUUGUGAUAAUGCUCGUGGGUAACAAGGCUGACUUGCGUCACCUGCGUGCUGUUUCCACAGAGGAUGCCACAGCGUUUGCUGAAAGGGAGAAGACAUUCUUCAUGGAAACUUCUGCCCUGGAAUCACUGAACGUGGAAAGCGCCUUUACAGAAGUGCUCACGCAGAUCCACGGUGUAGUCAGCAGGAAAGCUCUCGAAAGUGGUGACGAUCCGGCCCCUAUAUCCAAAGGGCAGACCAUUAACGUUGGCUCUAAGGAUGACGUUUCAGCAGUUAAGAAAGGCGGUUGCUGCUCCGGGUGAGUAUACCAAGGAGUCUACGGCUGUUCUAUAUUUUCCUAUAGCGAGUUUACAAUCUCAGUAUACACAUCGGUAAGCUGGGACUGCUCGGCUGCCACUGUAGUUGAUGGACUCGCUACAUUUGCUCGGAUUGAGUUGACACUUGUGGAGCAAAGGUUCGUAGUCACUUCUUCGUGUUUGUCUUUUUUAUCUUUAAUCCCCUUGAAUUCGUAGCUGUAUUAUUAUAGUAGUAUGAGACUCUUAUAGAUUCUUUACCUACAUACAUUUGAGUGCUCUAGGUUUGAAUUUAGACAUGUAUUUGGAAGCGACCCCAUUCUUGUACUCUAAUUUGGAAGUGUGGUUUUAUUUCAAUGAACCUAAAAAUUGUGUUGUGCCCAAA